AUGGAUGGUCAUUUCAAAGACCCUGAAGACUGUUCCAAGGUGACAAAGUGUGAAAAUGGAAAGGCCACAUUGUACAAGUGUCCAAGUGGGUUCUCUUUUGAUCCAGAGAAGAUGUCCUGUGAUGAGAAGGGCUGUGAAACUGACCAAUUGGCUCAAACCAGAGAUGAUGGAUCCUUUAGCAAGAAACCAGUGUUAUGCUAUUUGACCAACUGGUCAAGGCAAAGAAGAUCUGAUGGGAAAUUUGUACCAGAAAACAUUGAGUCUGGACUUUGCAGCCAUGUUAUUUAUUCCUACUUCAGACUGGACCCCAAGACCAAUGCCCCUGCUACAGUGGACACAGUGACAGACUUUGAAAAUGGUUGGUUGUCCAGGCUGGUCUCAAUGAAAAACUCAAUGGGUUUCAAGGUCCUGCUUGGGAUUGGUGGUUGGGCAGAUUCUGCAAAGUCUGAAAAGUACUCUGACAUGAUAGCCAGUCCUCCAAAGAGGAAGAAAUUUGCAGAGAACACACUAUCAUUUCUGAAGGAACAUUCUUUAGACGGUGUUCAUAUUGAAUGGCAAUAUCCCAAGUGCUGGCAUAACAAGUGCCAAGAUGGUCCAUCCAGUGACAAAGCAAACUUUGCAGCUUUCAUCCAAGAAUUGCAUGAUGUAUUUGAAGAGUCAUCUAAGACCAGUAGGAGAAAGGUGGAGGAGGAGUACACUGUGUCAGUGGCCAUUGCUGGUUCACCAGAAGUGAUUCAGACUGGCUAUGACCUUGCAGCUCUGUCAAAGCAUGCAGACUACUUGGUGGCACACACUAUGGCAUACCAUGGUCCUUGGGAAUCAACCAUUGGUCACCUGGCACCCUUGUACACCCAGGACAUGAGUGUGGAUGAAACCAUAGCAUACAUGGUCAGCCAAGGUGCAGAACCAUCCAAGAUCAUCUUGACAGUGCCUCUGUUUGGUUACUCUUACUACAUUGGGGAAAGUGGCAGCACAAGUCCUGGAAGUGAAGCAAUGGGACCAGGGAGAGCUGGAAAAUUCACUCAGCAGCCUGGUUUCCUGUCUUACAUGGAAAUCUGCUCAAAUGUGGCAAAUGGUGCUUGGCAGAAGGUGUCUGGUACUCAGGAACAUGGACCUUAUGCCUUUGGUAGUGGGUCCUGGACUAGCUUUGAUGAUGAGUCGACUGUUUCCAGCAAGGCAGAAUACAUAGAGAGGAACCACUUGGCUGGAGCAGCAGUGUGGAGUCUUGACCUGGAUGACUUCAAGAAUCUCUGCUGCAGAAACAGCUUUCCUAUUCUGAAAUCCCUCAAUGUGGCCCUGGGAAACAUUCCAUCAUCUGCUAUCCUACCAAAGAGUAUUUUGGACUGCUCCAAACCAAAUCCUCCAGCAACUCCAGCUCCACCUACUCUAACCACCACUUAUGACUCUGGUGACCAAGAGUCUUCUCCAACUGUUGCUCCCAAACCUGAGUCCACUACCACCACCACCACCACCACAACCACUACAACAAAAAGCACAUCUUUGGGCACUCCACCAUCCAGUGCUGCUGAGACACAGUGCACCAACUCUGGUGUGCUUUUGCCAGAUCCUGAGUUCUGUGAAGCAUUCAUUAGGUGUGAGAAUGGUGUCCAGGUCAGAAACAUGUGUCCUUCAGGCCUACACUUCUCCAGCAAAGUAGGACUCUGUGACUAUUCCUACAGAGCCAACUGCAAAAAGGAUAAUGCUGUGGAGCCAACAACAACAACCAGCACAAGUACUCAGAAGCCCAAUAAAAUGUGCAAAGAUGGUGACAGACUCGCAGAUAGGACCCAUUGUGUGGCCUAUAGGGAAUGCAGGAGGAAUAAGAUGGUCAGGAGGUGGUGUCCACCAGGAAUGGAGUUUUCUAGUGCCAGAAAACUCUGUGUGCCACCAGGACCUGGAUCCACCUGCUUUGAGGCAGCCUCCAAUAAUGUCUUUGGCCCAGGCUCAAGCUGGAUAGCAGGUUGGCCAACAACUGCUUACAUCCCACAGCAAGUCUUACUAGAUACUCUCAACCCACAAUGUGCCAUUGGUGCCCUGUAUCCAGACACCAACAGUUGCCACACCUACUUGGAGUGUACAAGCUCUGGUCAGCUGGUGACCAAGAUGUGUGCACCAGGGUUGUUCUUUGAUUCCAAAAACUUGCUCUGUGAUUGGCCUUACAGAUCAGACUGUCUUACCAGCAAGUAUGCAAAAGCCAAACAAGGAAAUCAGUGUGACCAAGGAAAGUAUCACCCAGCAGAAGACUGCAAAACAUACAUUCAAUGUGUGGGCGGUGUAGAGGUCAUCAGACAAUGCCCUCCAGGACUUCACUUCAGUCCAAAAGAACUGUUUUGCACUUGGCCAACUCUUGCCAAGUGCACCAAUGAUGCUGGAAGCCUAAUUGAGGUGCCUCAGGAUGAGGCAACAACCCCAAAUACACCAGUCUCUAAACCGGAGAAACCAAUAACUUCUUCAACUUUCCCAAAGGUCAUGUCUACAAAGUCAAAAGCUGUGGAUGGGGACUUCAAACUUGUGUGCUACUUCACCAACUGGGCAUGGUACAGGACUGGUGCUGGCAAAUACAUGCCAGAGGACAUUGAUGACAAGCUCUGCACUCACAUCAUCUAUGGGUUUGCAGUGCUGGAUCCUUAUUUGCUCACUAUCAAGCCACAUGACCCCUGGGCAGAUAUGGACAACAAGUUCUAUGAAAGGGUUAACUCAUUCCAGAAGAAGGGAAUCAAGGUUCUGAUUGCCAUUGGAGGUUGGAAUGACUCUGAAGGCAGUAAAUACUCCAGACUGGUAAAUAAUCCUGAAGCAAGAGCAAAAUUCAUCACCCAUGUGGUGGAGUUUAUUGAAAAGCAUGGGUUUGAUGGCCUGGAUCUUGACUGGGAGUAUCCAAAGUGCUGGCAGGUUGACUGUGACAAAGGCCCAGAGUCUGACAAGACAGGCUUCUCUGCAUGGGUCAUAGAGCUGAAAACAGCCUUCAAAGCAAAGGGUCUCCUGUUAUCAGCAGCAGUGUCUCCAAGCAAAACUGUUAUUGAUGCUGGGUAUGAAGUGGAUGUGUUGGCCAAACACUUGGACUGGAUUGCUGUGAUGACUUAUGACUUCCAUGGACACUGGGACAAACAGACUGGUCAUGUUGCUCCUUUGUUCUACCAUGAAGAUGAUGAGGUGGACUUUUUCAAUGCUGACUCAGCCAUCAGACACUGGAUCCAAAGAGGUGCUCCACCAUCAAAACUUGUCAUGGGGAUGCCAAUGUAUGGACAAAGCUUCACUCUGUCCAACACAAGAGACACUGGAUUAAACUCCAAGGCAGAAGGGAAAGGUCAGGCAGGAAAGUACACCAGAGCAGCAGGAUUCCUAGCCUAUUAUGAAAUAUGUGAGCAGGUACAAAGAGAGAACUGGAUCUUGGAAAUUGAUCCUGAACUCAGGAUUGGGCCAUUUGCUCACAAGGGAAACCAAUGGGUGUCUUUUGAUGAUGUGGCCAUCAUUGCCAAAAAGGUAAACAGCAACAACACACACUUGAAAUUCAUUUUACCAAAGGCUCUUCAACUUGUUUUCUUUAAAAAUAUACAGACACAGUAUGUCAAGGAUAUGAAACUGGGAGGAGCCAUGAUUUGGGCUCUUGACCUGGAUGACUUUAAGAAUGUUUGUGGUCAAGGAAAGUAUCCUCUGCUCAACACAAUCAAAUCUGUCCUUCUUGGAGAAACUUCUUCACAAGCCUCUGACUGUGCUGGAAAUUACCCUGGAGAUGACUCAACAACUAAGAAAACAUCCACCACAACAGAGCAGCCAAGUUCAAGUGUGUUCACCAAGCCCUUGGUGUUGACAACCACCAGGACUCCACCAAGUCAAGUUUCUCUGCAGCAAGAAGACAGCAAAGUCAUUCAUCUGUCUGAUGCAUUUGAACCUACAAAACCAGAUGAGGCCAUUGUGGUCUGCUACUUUACAAACUGGGCCUGGUACAGACAAGGCAUUGGCAAGUAUAAGCCUGAAGACAUUGAUGCUUCACUCUGCACCCACAUCCAAUAUGGCUUUGCUGUCUUGGACUACACAGAGUUGGUCAUCAGGACUCAUGACUCAUGGGCAGACAUUGAUAACAGUCAGUAUAGUUUACAGAGGACCUUGGAUAACAAGGCACUCAAGUUCUAUGAAAAAGUCUUGGAGAACAAGAAGAAAGGUAAAAAGGUCAUGCUUGCCCUGGGUGGAUGGAAUGACUCUGCAGGGGACAAAUACUCCAGACUGGUCAACAGUGCCAAGGCCAGAAAGAAGUUCAUUGACCAUUCAUUGGACUUCCUUGACAAAUAUGGGUUUGAUGGGUUGGAUCUGGAUUGGGAAUACCCCAAGUGUUGGCAAGUGGAGUGCAAAAAGGGCCCAGAGUCAGACAAACCCAUGUUUGCUCAAUUUGUCAAAGAACUCAAAGCUGCUUAUGAACCCAAGGGAUUGCUUCUCACUGCAGCUGUGUCUCCAAGCAAGAAAGUGAUUGAUGAAGGAUAUGAUGUACCUGAGAUUUCCAAGUACCUGGACUUCAUCUCAGUCAUGACAUAUGACUACCAUGGAGAGUGGGACAAAAAGACAGGACAUGUUGCACCCAUGUUCUAUCAUCCAGAUGAUGACAACUAUGACUUCAACACUAACUACACCAUUCACUAUUGGAUAGCCAAAGGUGCCCCCAGAAAGAAGCUGGUGCUUGGGAUCCCUCUGUAUGGACGCUCUUUCACCCUGGCAGACAUACAAGAGAAUGGAUACAAUGCUAAGACCUAUGGGAAUGGUGAAGCAGGACAGUACACCAGAGCUGGUGGCUUCCUUGCAUACUAUGAGAUAUGUGACCUGAUUAGGAAUCAAGGUUGGAUGGUCAACAGAGACUAUGCUGACACUAUUGGACCAUAUGCCUACAAGGGGUCUCAGUGGGUAGGGUUUGAUGACCAACAGGUGAUCAAGUUCAAGUCCCAGUGGGCCCUGGACAUGGGAUUAGCUGGUGGCAUGAUCUGGGCACUGGAUUUGGGGGAUUUUAAGAACAUUUGUGGCUGUGAGCCUCAUCCACUUCUCAGGACCAUCAACAGGGUUAUGAGACCUAAAGCAGUCUCUGACCCUGACCCAAGGUGCCCUGAAGUCAACAGUCUAGUGACCAGGGGAUUCUGCGUUGGUCUUCCUGAGUCACAUGUGAUGGACAAGUCUCCAGUUCAAGCUGUCAAGCAAACCUCAGUGAGGAGGAUUGUCUGUUAUGUGACCAACUGGGCAAGAUACAGAGAGUCUGGGCAAUAUGUCACCCAAGUGCUGAGGGAUCUUCAAGGAAAUCUCUGCACACAUGUCAUACAUGCAUAUGCAACACUAGACCAAGAAACUCUUUUGCUGAAGCCCAGAAGGAUGAGACACUUUGAAGGCUUCUAUGAAGACUUGAAGACUCUUGGUGACAAAGGAAUCAAAGUUUUGGCCAGUGUUGGAGGUUGGGGUGAUUCUGUGAGCAGCAAAUAUGCUGCCAUGAUGAGCUCUGUUGAAACCAGGACUGCUUUCAUCAACAGUGCAGUUGAGCAACUCAAGACAGCUGGAUUCAGUGGACUUGAUUUUGACUGGGAAUUUCCCCUCUGUUGGCAGCAUGACUGCAGCAAAGGGACUCCUGAUGAGAAACUCUUGUAUGUGGAAUUUUUGCAAGAGCUGAGCAAGAAGUUCAGAGAAAACAACCUGCUUUUGUCAGUAUCUCUUCCUGGAAGACCUGAUGUCAUCAGAGGAGGCAUUGCUGAGAAGCUGGCAACCCUGGACAUUGAUUGGUUCAAUGUCCUCACUUUUGACUACCAGAACCUGGAGGGGGCAACCAUAACUCCCACUCACUUGGCACCCCUGUUUCCAGAUGUUGAUCAAAAGGAACUCAAUGUUAAUUUCACAAUUGGUCUGCUUACAAGCAAGGGUUUUGAUCCAACCAAACUGGUGGUUGCUGUGCCCUGUCAUGGCAGGACAGUGAAGUUGCAAGAGAUCACCAGUGGGCAAAACUCUGGUGAACUGGUGGCCACCAGAGGUGACCCUGGUCCAGUGACCCAGUCAGCUGGCCUUCUUGCCUACUUUGAGCAUGAUAUUCAAAUGUUACUUGUUUACAUGAAGGUUUGUGAAAAGAUCAAAAAGGGCCAAUGGACCCUGCUGACCAGUCCCCAGGACCCUGGGCCCUUUGCAGUGCAAGACAAGCAAUGGGUAUCUUUUGAAAACCCAGCAAAUGUGAGAAAGAAGACAGAGUAUGUCCUGGAAAACAACCUUGGAGGUGUCAUGCUUUGGGGAGUAGACCUGGAUGACUUUUCUGGAAAGUGUUCCUGUGGACUAAUGCCUCUUUUAACCACAGCUGCUCAAAUAUAUGCUGGACAACCUCAGGCAUAUGCUACUGAUUGUUUUUCUGUGUGA